AUGGAGAAGGACGAGGCUUCCUUGUCCUCGGCUAAGGCGGCCAAAACAACGCCCGAUUCACUCACUGGAUCGCGGCGAACGCGUGAUGAUGAUCCGGACGCUUCAAUUUCGAAGCGUCGGCUUACUGGAGAAGAGGCGCAGCUGUCGCCAGUGCCGGUGACGCCCUCUUCUCUUUCUCGCACUGCAAGUGAUGUUGCAGUGCGCCCUGCUUGGAUGCCGUCUGCAUCCGAGAUCGCUGACAGGUUCGCCACGACCUCGCCGCCGAACCCGAUACCCUUGUAUGUUUGCAGCGCCAUCAACGAUGACGCUGAAGCUGCCAACAUGCACUUUGAACCGUCUACGAAUCAAAGGCGUGAUUUCUACAUUGGACUCUUUCGAUGGUAUGUGUCGAAGAAACUUCGCGCAAGAACAAAGUGCCAGAGUGGGUGGCACUCUGUCAGUCGUGAAACGCAUUCGUUGUGA